UGUUUAGUGCGAAUUUUUGCAACAACAUGAGAGGGAUAGUGAUAUUUGCAACGCUCUGUGUAGCAGUGCUCGCUAGAAGUAUAGAAAAGGUUGAUUCAAAUGGAAUUGAUGAACCUGUACAAGUAGAACAAGUAGAAAGUGAUGAAUUAGAGAAUUUGAGAACCAAACGUAGUUUUGGAUUGAUUGGUGCAAAAAUUUUGGGAGCCAAAGCGAUAGGUAUAGGUGCUGGUAUAGUAGCUGCUAAAAGCUUUGGUUAUGGAGGCUACGGAUAUGGAGGUUAUGGAGGAUAUUACGGUUCUCCAGGAUAUACUGUAGUUGAAAAACAUUAUGUACAACCUUAUUAUGGGUACGGAGGAUAUGGAGGUUGGGGUCACGGUGGAUAUGGAGGUUAUCAUGGCGGUUAUUCAAGCGGAUAUAGUAGCGGUUAUGGAUACGGAUAUUCUAAUGGAUACAGUCAUGGUUGGUGAAAAAUAUUGAAAUAAAUACGAUUUUGAUAUUUUGAAA